UCAUCCCAUUCCCAUAGAUUUCCCAGCAUAACACACUCACUCAGAUUGAUAGCUUCUUUUUCUCAUUUUCCCACAUCCCUUAUUUUUUCCUUAUAUAUAUAUAUAUAUGAUUACUGAAGCUGUCAGGAGUUAUUGAAUUGAAGCGACUUUCUAAAUCCUUCAGUGCUGCCUGCAUACAUACAUGACCGCCAUUGUUUGGUUGCUCAGAAAAUAAUAAGGUUGUCAGGUUUCUUUCGAAUCCCAGAUCUCAAAUUUCGAUCCUGCAAAUCUCUGUCGUUUUGAUUUCGAUUCAUGUUCUAGAUGGCAAAACCAAGUUCAGCAGAUGGUAGGACUAGAAGCUCAUUGCAGAUCUUUAUAGUAGUUGGUCUGUGCUGCUUUUUCUAUAUAUUAGGUGCAUGGCAAAGAAGUGGUUUUGGGAAGGGAGAUAGCAUAGCAUUGGAGAUAACGAAAAAUAAUGCCGAAUGCGAUGUAGUUCCGAAUUUAAGUUUCGACUCUCAUCAUGGUGGACAAGUUAGCCAAAUUGAUGAAGGUGGUUCGAAUCCUAAGGUAUUUAAACCGUGUGCCGCUCGUUAUAAUGAUUACACUCCCUGCCAUGAGCAGCAACGCGCGAUGACGUUCCCGAGAGAAAACAUGAUCUAUCGAGAGAGGCAUUGCCCCCCGGAUGAAGAGAAGUUGCGCUGUAUGAUCCCGGCACCCAAGGGUUAUGUAACUCCAUUUCCAUGGCCCAAGAGCCGUGAUUACGUUCCGUAUGCUAAUGCGCCUUACAAGAGCCUUACAGUUGAAAAGGCUAUUCAGAAUUGGAUCCAAUACGAGGGAAAUGUAUUCAGAUUCCCUGGUGGUGGAACCCAAUUUCCUCAAGGUGCUGAUAAAUAUAUUGAUCAACUUGCGUCUGUGAUACCUAUAGCUGAUGGGACAGUGAGGAGUUUACUUGAUACUGGUUGUGGGGUUGCCAGUUUGGGUGCAUAUCUUUGGAGCAGAAAUGUUAUUGCCAUGUCUUUUGCACCAAAGGACUCUCAUGAAGCACAAGUACAAUUUGCUCUUGAAAGGGGUGUACCUGCUGUCAUUGGUGUUUUUGGAACCAUAAAGUUGCCUUAUCCAUCUAGAGCCUUUGACAUGGCUCAUUGUUCUCGUUGUUUGAUUCCCUGGGGAGCAAAUGAUGGAAUGUAUAUGAUGGAAGUUGAUCGAGUUCUAAGGCCUGGCGGUUAUUGGGUGCUUUCGGGUCCUCCAAUCAAUUGGAAGGCUAACUACAAAUCCUGGCAGAGGCCAAAGGAGGAACUCCAGGAAGAACAAAGAAAGAUUGAAGAGAUUGCAACACAACUUUGCUGGGAGAAGAAGUCAGAGCAGUCUGAAAUUGCCAUUUGGCAGAAGACUACAGACUCUGAAUCAUGUCGUAGCAGACAAGAUGAUGCUAGUGUAGAAUUUUGCAAAUCCUCAGAUGCUGAUGAUGUCUGGUAUAAGAAAAUGGAGGCCUGCGUCACUCCCGUCCCUCAAGGUUCAAGUGGGGGUGUUAAACCAUUUCCAAGUAGGCUGAAUGCUAUCCCUCCUAGGGUUGCUAGUGGCCUUGUUCCUGGAGUUUCUUCUGAGACAUACCAGGAUGACAACACAAAGUGGAGAAAGCAUGUAAAUGCUUACAAGAAAAUUAAUAGACUGUUGGACACCGGAAGAUAUCGCAACAUUAUGGAUAUGAAUGCUGGUUUGGGUAGUUUUGCUGCAGCUAUUGAAUCUUCUAAGUUAUGGGUUAUGAAUGUUGUGCCUACUAUAGCUGAGAAAAAUACAUUGGGUGUCAUAUACGAGCGAGGUCUGAUUGGCAUCUAUCAUGAUUGGUGUGAAGGCUUUUCCACAUAUCCAAGGACAUAUGACCUCAUUCAUGCCCAUGGCCUCUUUAGCCUGUACAAAUCUAAAUGCAAUAUAGAAGACAUUCUUCUCGAGAUGGACCGGAUUUUGCGACCAGAAGGUGCUGUCAUAUUCCGCGAUGAAGUUGAUGUUUUAAUCAAGGUAAAGAAACUUGUUGGAGGAAUGAGAUGGGAUACCAAAUUGGUUGACCAUGAGGAUGGUCCUCUUGUUCCUGAGAAGGUACUAAUUGCUGUGAAGCAGUAUUGGGUCACUAAUUCCACGUCAACACAAUAGACACUGAAAACAAGUUGAAAUAGAGGCUUUGGCCUUAGGCUGCUAGUAACUUACUACUACUGUACUGUAUACAAUUCCCAGAGUUCACAUAGUUUUGUCAUGGACAUUUUGGCUUAAUUGGUCAUCACAGCUAUGGCACAGAGAGGGGACAAUUGCAGGAGCAGAUAAAAUGUUUCAUAUGUCGUUAAUUUAUUAAUGGAGAAAGUAACAGAGCUGGCUCGAGGUUUUCUGCUACGCAUUUUUUGGCGUAAGUUAAUUAUCUUAUAAUGUCACAAUGAAGAGCAAACACCCUCUUACUGGCUUUAUCUCAGGAGUUUCUUUUCGUUAUUUUAAUGUUUUGAUUUGAACCAAAUGAAAAAAAUAGUUCUAUUUUUCUGAAUUUUAAGUUGUAUCCUCUCCAUUGGUCCACUGUAUAAGUAUUCAACAAUAUUUUACCAAGAGUUUGCUAUUUACGUUGA